AUGGUUCAGUGUUGGGUUCCGUUAUAUUCCCAUAUUUCUAAUAGAGAAAACUAUAAGUUUUUUAGGUUCCCUGCAGAUGAUAUACUACGUAAUACUUGGGCCAAAGCAGUAAGAAGAUCAGAUGCUAUACCCACAAAAAAUACAAAAAUUUGUAAUUGUCAUUUUAAGGAAGGAUUAAAAAUCAAUGGUCCUAGUAUUUUUUCGUGGAAUAAAAAUUCACAUUUUAAUUUUGCUUCUCCAGAAAAAUUCACAAAGCGCCAAAAAGUACUUGUUGAAACUGAAAAUGAUAUUGAUAAUGAUGAAUCUGUGAACACUAAACUUAAUUGUGAAAUUGAAACUGUAAGUAUGCCCAAUGAAGAAGAAGCUUCUAGUAACAAUGUUAUAAUAGAAAAAAAUCAAUUAAUUGAGUCACUUCAAUCUAAAAAUGAUAGUUUAAAAAAGGAAAUUAUUUUUCUUAAAAACCGUUCUUUUGGUUACCACUCUAUAGAAUCCAAUGGAAAAAUGUUUGAUUUUUAUUGUGGCAUUACUAAAAUUAUGUUUGAUCUUAUUAUUGAAUUGGUUUCUAAAGUUGAAAUCAAUUAUUAUUAUACUUGGAGUGUGAAGAAGUUAUGUUUAAAUGACCAAGUUCUAAUGACUCUAAUGAAAUUAAGAUUAAACUUAUGUUAUACAGACUUAGCAUUCAGAUUUGGUAUUAGUGAAUCUACAGUUGGCAAUAUUAUAAUAACUUUCAUUAGCGUUCUUCAUGAAAUUUUAUUUGUCAGCUUAAUGAGUAAAGUACCAUCUCAAAAUAAAAACCAAAACUGUUUACCUAAUUGCUUCAAUGAUUUUAAAAACUGUAGAAUUACUUUAGACUGUACUGAAAUGUCUUGUGAUAUCCCAAACUCAUUAGUUGAUCAGAAAUUGACUUACAGCUCAUAUAAACAUAGAAAUACUCUCAAAGGACUUGUUGGAGUGGCUCCUAAUGGUGUAAUUACUUAUGCUAGUAAGUUGUACCCAGGUUCUACUUCAGACAAAAAAAUUGUAAGUCAUUGUGGGGUUUUAGAAAUAUUACAACCAGUGGAUGAAAAUGCGUCGCGUCUGGUACACGGACCUUCAGCAUCAACCGGCGUAAAACACUUCAUUAGACAUACGUGUAACAACGGCAUCGAACUCGCCAUCUUAAAGACUGACUGUUCCCGUUUGUACGUUCCAACUGCAGCCGUUACCGCCAUUUGCUAUUUUGCAACUUGA